AUGACGCUCGAGGUCAUGCGCGAGUCGGAGUUCACGUACGACGUUGAUUACCUCAUGAACCACAACUCUGGGAGCCUGUUGGGAGAUGUGUCGCUUCUCACUUUCUCCACCUACCAGGGCUGGCUGAAUGUCACUAUGCAGAACGCAACGUAUACGCUGUUUUGUGUGGACAUUGUGUCGACACGGAUUCCCGACACUAUCACCACAGGUGGAAACGAUUCAUUCGCGGAUUAUGCGUCCUGCAACGACAACGAAAAUGCAACCGACCCGCAGUGCGAGUGUGACAAUUCGAUAGAUCGCUGGGUCGGUGGACUGAACGUCGACAAAUAUUGCCGUCAGACUGACGGGUCGGCUUGCCACUCCUUCCGUGACCGAGAUUGCCAUUGCAAUUGCACGACGUCUAGCUUGCAGUAUUCCGCCACUUACACCGGUAUGAUGCCAGUGGUCUUUGGCGGACAACAAGUGCUUGGCGCUUGGUACUCACAUCCAAAGGCCACCGAGUGUGCAGAGCACGAGGAGCUUAGGGAGCGUCGAAGCGAUGGCACGGUGUGUACUUGGAAGCGGCGACCAGCUGCACGAGUGAUGCGAGGCUGGCAGGUAUUGGAGGCGGGCUGGAACGCGUCAUCGGGUCCCAUGCGCAGCGUGGAUCCCGAGCAGGUUGCGCAGAACGCCGCCGUCGUCCGAAAGGUGCUUGCAAGUCAACCGAUGUUUCCGUGGCAGUGCGGAGGCACUACUCAAGAAAGCGCCGUACUGUUAGUUUGA